UUGCUCCAAUAUAGUAAUGCCCAAACAGGCUCAAAUUGGCCCAUAUCAAGAGUCUGUUCAAGUCAGCUGUAACAAUGGAGAAGAGAAGAAAUUGAAACGACGCACGAACAUGGAGGAGGAGGAGAAGAAGAGCAAUACUACAAAAACUUCCACAGCAGAGAAUUCCUCUCGAUCAGUAUCAUUUCUUCAAGCAUUUUUUGUCCAUAUAAUUUGUGGACUUGGUUUAGCAAUAGCCUUAUGGGUGGCUCACGAUCUCUACUCCAUCAAUCUCGUCUCAGAUCCUUCACGAACUCUCCGCUUGAUUUGGAUGGUGGAGAGCUCAAUCGUAAUACUUCUUUACAGUUGGUUUCGGAUGGAUCCUGAACAAUGCUCGUACUUGAAAGCUGUUGGACGAGGCAUGUUGGCUCUCCUUGUUGGUGCUCUAUUGAAUGCGACUGGAGCUAUUGUUUUAGGUGCACCUGUUGGCAUCCAGUACUUUCCAAAAACCAUUAAUUGGUCUCUUCUUAUGUCAUCAUUCACAUUUGUGCCUGCAGCUUCUGUAUUUGGCUCAUCAUGGUCUCAUUGGCAACGUGUAUUUGCACAUACAAAGCCCGUUGAAUCGCUGGAGUAUAUGAUUUGCAUGCCAGCACAUGGUGCUAUAAUUGGAGCCUGGUUUGGGGCUUGGCCUAUGCCACUUGACUGGGAAAGGCCAUGGCAGGAAUGGCCAAUAUGUGUGACUUACGGUGCAAUGACUGGUUAUCUGGUCGGAACGGUAGUAUCUCUUGGCUUUGUACUUGUACAUUGUGGACGGCAACAUCUGAAAGGGGACUAACAAACUAGGAGAUACCUAUUUACUGAUAGCUGUAGUGACAAUAUUACUCUUUUUGGGACAUGCUGAAUACGGUUUUUAUAGAUAUGAUAAAUUAGUUAAAAAAGAUUUUCAGUUUUUCGCUCCUUUUGUUUCCGUAGAUAACUUGGUUGGAAAAUAUCCAAAUUUUCCCGUGUUUGGAUUAUGCAAAAAAUUAGUCUAAGUAA